AUGGCAUGGCUUACAGGCAUUGUGUUGAUCCUAUCUAUUAUUUCAUUUUCUGGAGCAUUGCUUCAUGGAAACUCGAAUACUUCUGCAUCUUCUAACGUACAUACCGAUCUUGAUGUGUACAAGCAACUUCUUCAUCUUGAAACAACUUUAAAUUCAGUUUAUAAGGAAAUGACAGCAUUGAAAGAACAAAAUCUGCAACAACAGAAAACCUUUGAAGAACAGCAUCGACAACAACAGAAAUUAAUAGAGUCGCUGAACAACACGAUUCAGCACCUAGAAGCUUCAUUUCAAGAAGUUAAAAGUGAAAACGGUAUAUUGAAAGAUAAACUACUCAGCCUGAAUUCUACUUUCUAUCGACAAAAUUAUUCUAAUGUCGAUGAUAUCACAAAAGAACUAAAACUACAGACACAGAAUCUAUCACUUGCAAUUAUGGAAUUGAACAAAUCUAGUUCGGAGGACAUCCAAACAUUAAGAAAUAUUUUUCAAAGGAGAGAGCAGGAAGUGCCGAAAAAUAUAACCUCUGUCGUUAAUACCCUUAAAAUGAAUGAUAGAUAUAUAUCCCUCUCCUUUUUGGAUGUUCAAAAUAAUAUCACAGCGCUAGGACUGUUACUACAACAACAACAGAAAACACAAACGGAACAACAUAAACUAACGCAGGCGGGAAUACAAAAUCUCACUUAUUCACUGAACAACAGCACAGCAAUAACGCAGGCAGGAAUUCAAAAUCUCACUUUUUUAUUGAACAGCAGUACGACAAAAUUAAGUUCUUCUCUUUCCGAUCUUAAAACACGUUUUGAGACAAGCGUUGCUUUUACAGCGGGAGUAAGAUCCAGUGAUACUCAAGUAUUUUCGCCUGGACAAACUGUUAUAUUCAAACAGAUUAUCUACCAAGUGGGAGGAGGAUAUAACCCUACAACAGGAGUGUUUACUGUCCCAAAGACUGGACUGUAUCUUAUAUUCUGUACUAAUGUGGCAUAUUACAAAGAAACUUUCUGGACGAAAAUAAUGAUAAAUGGAUCGGUUAAGGCAGGAGUCAUGGCUUAUUUGAAUGGGUCUCUUACUGUCUACCUCUCUGCCUCCAACCUUGUUGUCCACCAGUUACAGGUGGGGGACAGGGUCUGGAUACAAGUAGACACAGGUACUCACCUGUAUUCAUAUAUUCCAGAUACAACCUUUUCUGCGGUCAUGAUUAAUGGAUCAGUCUAA